AUGGGGUGCAAUCAGAGUAAGAGUGUACACGAGUUUCGAGUGAAGAGCGGGAGUUGCGUAAAUGAACAGGAGCAGGCGCGAGAUGGAAAUGGAAAUGGAAAUGCGUCGGACGAACUGGCAAUAAACCCAGGAAUGUACGUGCGAAAAAAGGAGGGUAAAAUAGGAGAGUCAUAUUUUAAAAUCAGGAAAUUAGGAAGUGGAGCGUACGGAGAAGUUUUGUUAUGUAGAGAAAAAAAUGGACAUACUGAAAAGGCAAUAAAAGUGAUAAAAAAAUCUCAAUUCGAUAAAAAAAGAUAUUCAGAAUGUAGAAAUAAGAGUUGUGAAAAUGAAGAAAGUUUGAAUGAAGACAUAUACAAUGAAAUAUCUUUAUUAAAAUCAUUGGACCAUCCGAACAUAAUAAAGUUGUUCGAUGUUUUUGAAGACAAAAAAUAUUUUUAUUUGGUGACUGAAUUUUAUGAAGGAGGAGAAUUAUUUGAGCAAAUUAUUAACAGGCAUAAGUUUGAUGAAUGUGAUGCUGCUAAUAUUAUGAAACAGAUUUUAAGUGGCAUUUGUUAUUUACACAAGCAUAACAUUGUCCAUAGGGAUAUAAAGCCGGAAAAUAUUUUAUUAGAAAAUAAAAACAGCUUGUUAAAUAUAAAAAUUGUGGAUUUUGGCUUGUCCUCUUUUUUUUCCAAAGAUUAUAAAUUGAGGGAUAGACUUGGCACAGCAUAUUAUAUUGCGCCAGAAGUAUUAAAAAAAAAGUACAAUGAGAAAUGUGAUGUGUGGUCUUGUGGGGUGAUCAUGUAUAUUCUGCUUUGUGGGUACCCUCCUUUUGGUGGACAGAAUGAUCAGGACAUUAUUAAAAAGGUGGAGAAGGGGAAAUAUUAUUUUGAUUUUAAUGACUGGAAAAAUAUAAGUGAUGAAGCUAAAGAACUUAUAAAGCUUAUGUUGACCUAUGAUUUUAAUAAAAGGAUAACUGCUAAGGAGGCUCUAAAUAGUAAAUGGAUUUUGAAGUAUGCAGAUAAUAUAAAUAAGAAUGACCAAAAGACUUUGUAUGGUGCUUUAUCGAACAUGAGGAAAUUUGAAGGAAGUCAGAAACUUGCCCAGGCCGCCAUUCUCUUCAUCGGUAGCAAACUUACCACUCUGGAGGAGAGGAAGGAGCUCACGGACAUUUUUAAGAAGCUCGACAAGAAUGGGGAUGGGCAGCUGGACAAGCGCGAGCUCAUCGAGGGAUACAACAUACUACGCAGCUUCAAGAACGAGCUGGGUGAACUGAAAAACGUCGAGGAAGAAGUGGACAACAUUCUUAAGGAAGUGGACUUUGACAAAAACGGCUACAUCGAGUAUUCAGAGUUCAUUUCCGUCUGCAUGGACAAGCAGAUUUUGUUCAGCGAGGAGCGCCUGCGGGACGCCUUCAACCUGUUCGACACGGACAAGAGCGGGAAGAUAACCAAGGAGGAGUUGGCAAACCUCUUCGGCCUGACCUCCAUAAGCGAGAAAAUGUGGAACGAUGUCCUUAAUGAGGCGGACAAGAACAAAGACAGCAUGAUCGACUUUGAAGAAUUCGUGUCAAUGAUGCACAAAAUAUGCGACCACAAGACGCCCUGA